GCUCCCUACCGUUGCGAUGAUGCGCUGGGAGGUUUGGCAACUCGUUUGUCUUCUAGCGUUUACGCCCACUAGAGUCCCGGGACCGGAAUCGCAGUUUGAUCAUUGCCCGCGCGCCGCUGACCAAAUUUGCACGCGCCGGACGUCACAAGCGACUCGUCAGUGUCCCGAGUACGCCACGCGAGCUCUGCGACCCCCGCGCGCCGCGGCUGUGAAGAAAACUGGUAAGCCUUCACUCACCUCUGCAGCGUGAAAAGCCCGCGCGCGCGGACGCGAGAGAGAGUACUUAAGCGGUCACGAACGCUAGACUAGCAAGCGAUGGCGACGCCCGAGGUCGUCGCGCCCACGCCCGUGGAAGACGACGCUGCGGCGCCGGCAAUCACCGGCUCGCGCCGACGAGGCGACACGCACUCGGUCGGGCGCCCGCC